UGUUUCCUGGCCGAGGGCGGGGACCGUGCUGACGGCUGGAGGACAAGACGGAGAGAGAAAAGUAGGAAAGCUGUGCUGCGAGCGAAAGGAGAGAAGGAUCUCAGAGUGGGGAAUUUCAAAGCCCUCCCCUUCGCCUUUGCUUUUCCAAGGCUUACGAGCAGCAAGGUUCAGGUGAAAUGUCCGCCGGUCGUCAGCACAGUGAAAGCCGGGCCAUACCGACCAGGAUGGUGCUGGUGAACGACGCAACGCAGCUACCUCAUGACUGUUGCACCACACCUGGGGGCACUUUAUUUUCCACCACUCCUGGAGGUACCCGCAUUAUAUAUGAUCGCAAAUUUCUUUUGGAUCGUCGUAAUUCCCCACUAACUCAGACACCACCCCCCCACCUUCCUGAUAUUCCUGGAGUGACAAGUCCCAAUGCAACCACUGAAAAUGGGACUGCUGAAAAAAACAAUUUGAAUAAUCAUGAUGGGAAAACAUCUGUGGGUGAUGAUGCUCAGUUUGAAAUUGACAUAUAACUGAAGAUAAGAGUGAAGAACUUUCAUCAUGUGGUACCUGUGUGCCAGUGGCUUGGCUUCUGCUGUGGAUCAUCACAGCUCUUCCAUUUAAUUGCCCCUUCUCAUUGGCUGCUGAGUACAGAGAGGAAAUAUGUAAUGUGGAAAAACUAUUACGUAUUAUUUUUGGGUCAGCAGUGAAACACAUAACCAAUGGUUACAUACUGGGUUGUGCCAACAGAUUUUUUUUCCCCACUUGUUCAUUUUAAUUGGGGUUGAUAAGAAGGUUAUCAACUCCAUAGACUACUAAGAAGGGAUUUUUUUGAGGAUUAGGAAAGAUACUGUAGCAUACUUUACAUUGAGAUAUAUUCAUAAAUCAUUGUAAAUAAAGUAAAAUGAGCAUUUUGCAGAAGAAGAUCGAUCACCUUUACUUGCUUAUACUUUGAUUUAAUAUCUCUUAUUCAGUUACAAAAAGGCAGACUAUCAGAGAGCAAUAACUAGAUCUCAUAUGUACCUCUUUAUUGUCAUGGAGAAGAUAAAAUCAAAUUAAUUGCUUGCUGCCUUUUGUACUUUUUAAAUAAUUUUAGAUUGUUUUUGCGUUACAAAUAAUGUUUCAACAACUGUGCCAGUGAGGAAGCUUAAAUCUUCUGUCCUCAUGAAUUGAUAAUUCCUACACAUUGUUGAUAUAUUACAGUUUAGCAGUUCUACUGGCAUUUUUUGUGAUAUGUUUAUCACAGUUUUUCUGGUCUUUAAGUCACAUGCUGCACUUGUGGUUGUGCUCACUUUGAGUAUUUUGGAGUUGCAGUUUUAUGGAUAAUAUGAAACAAAAUGAAUUAAACAGAGUCUGCAACCUUACUUUUUGUGAGAAAAGUAGGCUUUUUUUCUUUGAAAUUAGUUAGAAUGUAUCUGUCCCCAGAAAGUUUAAGAACCAGAAAAUCAGCUGUUUUUCAUUUCUAAUUUCUUGGCACAGCCAUUCGUAACAUUUUUUUUUUUUUUGGGAACUGUGAUCUAUCACUUUUUUCUAUAAACCAGAACUCAUUUUCUAUUUAUUGAGCGUUCCUUCAUACUUAAAUUGCACUAAUAAAUAUAAUAUAAGCAGUUAAGAAAUAAAUUUAAAAAACUGUAAUACUUCAAAUAUAAAUCGUGUUCAGGGAGUGGGUUUUUCCCCCCAGAAGUAAACAUUUUUUUUUAAAUUGUGAAAGGCAUUUUACAAAUCAGCUUUUUUUUUCUUGAUUAUCUAACACAUAUUGGCAUUAAUUAGGAAUGUAUUCAACAUUGGAUCAGUUUAGUUUUAAGGUACAAUCUUUACCUUCCAAGAGCGUGGCAUUGAAGCAAAUCAAAGAUAUCUGCCUUUACUUGUUAUAGUUCAAGUCUCUGACUUGAAUGUACAGUGUCUUACUGCUUGUUUUGUGUAUAGAAUAUGAUACUAUUGAAAUUAAAAAUAUACUUGUUGCACAUUUGGAAGUAACUGAACAGAAGAAAAGCACUUCAGGCUGAUGUAUGCAUGUAACAAUGUGCAAGUGUAAAAACAAUGCUCAAAGAUCAUUCUCAGUGAGCAUUUAAAAAAUUGUUUUUAAUUAACUUCCAUAGAAAACAGGCAGGUCUAAAUUAUUCUUCUUGCAUGUAUUGUUUAUUGUCAGGUUGGGCAAAUAUGCUGCUUAAGGCCUUAAUAUGUUCAUUUGCCACCAAAUUUUAGACCCAAACAUUUUUGUUUGUGCUGCUGUUUUAUUCCCAACAGUUAUAAAGAUAACUUAAUUAAAAGCUUAGCCUGUUUUUCCUACGCUUAAGAAGAGCUUAUUUUAUAUAAAAGUAGAAAGCAAGCAUUCUGAAUUAUGUUAAAUGCUUUAUUUUAGGAUUCGAACAAAAGUAUGGUUACUAGGAAUGCUGUGUCUGCAGGCCUAGUAUGUGAAAGGUCUUAAAAUAUUUCACAUAAUUUAAAUGUGGGCCUAGUUUAAGUUGGUAAAACCCAGGAACAAAAUUGUAUUGUGUAUUUCCCAGACUGCAUUGGCCAGUGAUAUUAGAAUGAACAAAUAAUGAGUAAAGAAAACCAACAAUAGUUUGUUAGGGUAUGCAUUUAUACUCGUAAAACUAGUGAAAGAUUUCCUUAAAUGUCUUUAUUUCAGAAGAGCCUUCUCACACAGCAUUUCUUGUCAUUUUUCUUGAAUCAAUUAAAGACCUUUAAAUUUAAAAAUAAGCAUGCUGAAAAACUGUAAAAUAGCUGCUAUUUUCAGUAUGUAUUUUUCUUAUCACUUAAAUUAAGCAAAUAUUAAUACCUUAAUUUAUUUGCGGAACAAAAUUUGUUUGCUUGGCUUUAUUUGACAUUUUUCUGUGCUUCAGAUUCUGAUAUGCACAGUAUUUGAAAUGGUCAACCUCCUUUGUAUCUCUGAAUUGGGUUGUUUUUUUUUUUCAUUAGCUAGAUUUGUUUCCUUCCUAAAACCGUGAUACAGACAACAGUUUUGUUGUGAAUUAAUGUUUCCGAUUAAAAGAUAAAUGAACAGACUUUUAAUCGGCACUUCUAGUACAAAGAUAAUCUAAUUGCUGGAGGGUAUGACGUUAUGUCCUGUGAAGACAUGGUGACAUUAUAAAAUAUUGCUUUUUUAAAGCACCUAUAUCAAUUACAGAGCUAAACAGUUUUGGCUAUUAGUUGUUGAUUUCAUUUUUAAUGCUGUGUAACAACCAUUAAAUUAAGCUCCCUUUUUGUGGGGGGGAGGGGGUUCUUUUGUUUUUUUCUUUAUCUUCCAAAAAGUUUGUAUAAAAAAGAAAGUAAGGAAAAAAUAAACAGUGUACCUGCAGUCAUGCCAAUGCCAGUGAUCACUGUUAUAAAGAAAUCAAUAAACAUCCUUAUUAAUAAGGAUAUAA